GUGUGCGCUUGUGUUUUCACAUACUUGUCCUCCUUUAUACCUCAAGGCUCGAGCAUCAAAAUAAAGCACUAACACACAAAACGAGGACAAUGAGGGGCGCCGGCCGGUCCAAAAACACGCAGAAUCUGGAUAAGAGGGAGACGACGGAUAAAAUGAAUGCAACAGAGGACAGCACGGAGCAAAGCGGUAACAGUCUAACCCGAGAGCUCACACAGAAUCCUUUAAAGAAAAUAUGGGUGCCAUCCUCCACUAACGGCCUUCCAGACAGACACAUUAGUCAAAGGAAGGUAUGCAUGACCAACUGCCCCACACUUAUAGUAACUGUUGGUCUACCAGCCAGAGGAAAGACCUACAUCUCCAAGAAACUGACACGCUACCUCAACUGGAUUGAUGUUCCAACAAAAGAGUUUAACGUUGGGCAGUACAGACGUGAAUGUGUGAAGAUCUACAAAUCCUUUGAGUUCUUUCGGCCAGACAAUGAAGAGGGGCUUAAAAUCAGGAAGCAGUGUGCAUUGGCAGCUCUCAGUGAUGUACGGCAGUUCCUCACAGACGAAGGCGGCCAGGUAGCGGUUUUUGAUGCCACAAACACAACAAGAGAAAGGAGGGAGACGAUCCUCAGAUUUGCAGAGCAGAAUGGUUUCAAGGUUUUCUUUGUGGAAUCUGUGUGUGAAGACCCGGAUGUUAUUGCCGAGAACAUUGUGCAAGUGAAGUUGGGCAGUCCAGACUACACACACUGUAACACAGAAGAGGCCGUCGCAGACUUUAUGAAGAGGAUAAAAUGUUAUGAGAACUCUUAUCAGCCACUGGAUGAGGAACUGGACAGGGACCUUUCGUUUAUUAAGAUCAUUGAUGUGGGGCGGCGGUACCUGGUGAACCGAGUCCAGGACCACAUACAGAGCCGAAUAGUGUACUACCUCAUGAAUAUCCACAUCACGCCCCGCUCCAUCUACUUGUGCCGGCAUGGAGAGAGUGAUCUGAACAUCAAAGGUCGUAUCGGUGGAGAUUCAGGGCUCUCGGCCAGGGGAAAGGAGUUUGCUAAGUCUUUGGGCCAGUUUAUCCACUCGCAGAAUAUCCAUGAUUUGAAGGUGUGGACGAGUCAGAUGAAGAGGACCAUACAGACGGCUGAAGCUGUGGAAGUGCCAUACGAACAGUGGAAAGCUCUCAAUGAGAUUGAUGCCGGUGUUUGUGAGGAGCUCAUGUAUGAGGAGAUCCAGCAGAGAUAUCCACUGGAGUUUGCAUUACGAGACCAGGACAAAUAUCGUUAUCGCUAUCCCAAAGGAGAGUCUUAUGAAGACUUGGUCCAGCGGCUGGAGCCGGUGAUCAUGGAGUUAGAGCGGCAGGAGAACGUUCUGGUCAUCUGUCAUCAAGCGGUCAUGAGAUGCCUGCUGGCCUACUUUCUGGACAAGACUGCAGAGGAACUGCCUUACCUGAAAUGCCCUCUACACACAGUAUUGAAGUUAACACCGAUGGCCUAUGGUUGUAAGGUGGAGUCAGUCUGUUUGAACGUGGAUGCUGUGAAUACACACAGAGACAGACCAUCGAAUAUUAAUGUACACCGCACUGCCAAGGACGCCCUACAGACCGUCCCGCCUCACCUCUGACCUACAAUCUCUCUUCACUACACCAGUGUCUCUCAUCCGAGCCCGGGUUUACCAUUACAAAAGGUUAACCCUGCCUUCAGACAGACCCCCGCUCAAGUUCUGGUCUGUCAUGUUAACCGGUUAAUUAGUUGCUGUGAGAUUUCUACUGGUUGUAUAUAGUAUAUGAUUUCUCACUCCAUGUUUUGAAAGAGCCAUAAUCAGUUUACAUGGCAUGAGAUACACGUAGCCUGGAAGAUUUUGUUUGCACUUACGGGGUUUGGGAAAUAUGCGUUUGGGUGGAUGUUACUAUGGCUCUUAUAUGUAUAUGUAAUAUACAUAUAUUUAUGUCAUUUAUACCGAUGGGAUCUGCAGGUAUGUUAUUUUGCUGCUCCUCCAAUAGUGCUCUCAUUUUGUCAAUUCUAAAAGGUCAUCUCUCUGUUAUUUUGAGGGAUGGAUGAGUGUACAUGUGUGUACAUACAGAACAGAGGAAACACUCAUUGUGUCAAAAACUGUAUUUACUUCAUCUCCCUCUAAUGAUAGAAUGACUUUAUUUAUCUUCGUUUUUUAUGUUCUUUAAGAGUUUAGAUAUAAAUAUCAACCUGGCAUUUAAAUUCAAACACUGACCAUUGAUUCAAGUACUAGUUAUUUUAAAUCAACACUGACAGAUAUUCAGGCAGGUAUUUUUAUAUCAUCUACAUUUUAACUGUGCAGAAUAUUCUGACUUUCCAACAGUGAGUUUAACUGCAUGUUUCUGAGAAAAUGAAGUGCUUGUGAGAGAAACAUAAGCUGUUUGUUACAUUAACAAAUUUGGGAACAAGAUAAAAGUCUCAGUAUUUGUAUUACAAUAUCCUCUGCAAUGAUUCAUCAAUUUCCAUUUCUAUGUAAAGGUUAGAAUGGAUAGACUCUUCAUAGGUUUAUCUGGGUCUGUCCAAUGUUAUCUGUAAUGUCCAGUAAAACAUGACUGUAUUGUUGCCUCAAACCAUGUCCAAAGAGUGCUGUGGUAUAUAAUGUGCAUUUGAAACAGAUCUCGACUAUUUAAAUUAGAUUUUCUGGAGUAUGACUAGUAGUAUUGUUAUGACCAUUUUGGUGCCAGUAUCACACUAAAUAAAUAAAGCUAUGUUUUGAUGUAGUAGUGCAUCGAUAGUAAAUAGUCACAGAUUUGAAUUCAUUGAAUAGACUGUCUGUGUAACCAAAUCAUUUUCAUACACCAAUGUUGACGUAACAAAGAGACAAAUAUUCUACAAAUACAGCAGCAUCAUUGGUAAAUAAUAUAUUUGAUGUCAAAUUACAUUGAUUUUUUGGAACUGUUGAAAAUACAAACCGUGUUUGAAUUGUAUCUCCU